CUGGGCGGGGCUUGCUCGCGGUGGUUUGUGGCUCCUUCCUGCGCUGCUUCUCUCUUUCGCUCAGGCCGUUGGCGCCGACAGGAUGGGCAAGUGUCGUGGACUUCGUACUGCUAGGAAGCUCCGCAGUCACCGACGAGACCAGAAGUGGCAUGAUAAACAGUACAAGAAGGCCCAUUUGGGCACAGCCCUGAAGGCCAACCCUUUUGGAGGUGCUUCUCAUGCAAAAGGAAUCGUCCUGGAAAAAGUAGGAGUUGAAGCCAAACAGCCAAAUUCUGCCAUUAGGAAGUGUGUCAGGGUCCAGCUGAUCAAGAAUGGCAAGAAAAUCACAGCCUUUGUACCCAACGACGGUUGCUUGAAUUUUAUUGAGGAAAACGAUGAAGUUCUGGUUGCUGGAUUUGGUCGCAAAGGUCAUGCUGUUGGUGAUAUUCCUGGAGUCCGCUUUAAGGUUGUCAAAGUAGCCAAUGUGUCUCUUCUGGCCCUAUACAAAGGCAAGAAGGAAAGACCAAGAUCAUAAAUUUUAAUGGUGAAAACACUGUAGUAAUAAAUUUUCUUAUGCCAAAAAA